AUGCCAGCUCUCAUUGAAAAGCCCAUCGAUACAGCAACAGCUCUGGCUCUGCCACACGACGAUCGGCCUUCGAGCGUCUUUGUGGGCAACUUUCUGCUGCAUCGCCUGCGUCAGCUUGGGAUCGGCACAGUCUUUGGCUGUCCUGGAGAUUUUACAUUCGGCAUUUGCGACCUCAUCGACGACAAUAGCGGUCUGGAAUGGGCGGGCAACGCCAAUGAGCUAGGCGCCGCCUACGCCGCAGAUGGAUACGCUCGCGUAAGCUCGUGCGGUUUUGCAGCCGUCGUCACCACUUGGGGCGUGGGCGAACUUAGCGCGCUGAAUGGUCUCGGUGGUGCGUACGCGGAGCGCCUCCCCGUGCUUCACAUCGUUGGCUCUCCUCCACGCGCACAAGUAGCCAAGAAGCUGCCCAUCCACCACAGCUUCGCCAACGGAGACUUUGACAGCUUCUCGAACAUGUCGAGACCCAUUUCGUGCGCGCACGAGCAGCUCACUGGCGACGCGUGGUCAGACGCAGACAAGAUUGAUCAUGUGCUGAGAACGGCGAUGAAGGAGCGCAGACCGGCAUACCUCAACAUACCAACGGAUGUCGUGUUCGAGCUCAUUCCCCGUCAACGCCUCGCCGUUCCCUUGAGCGCGUGGCACUACCCAACCUCAGCCGAUGGAAUCCUUCCGUCGACGCCGCCCCAGGAGGAGGCCUUGGCCAUCGCACACCCGCCAAGCUCGGCUCAGAUCCAGGCCUGCGUGGGCCAGAUUCUCCGCGUGCUUUCCACGGCUGCAGAUCCUGUGGUCAUCUUGGACGUCAAUCUGAUGCGAUUUGGCCACACCAAGCGCGCGCGCAAGUUGGUCAACGCGCUUGGGCUGCCCACGUUCGCUGCUCCUCUCAGCAAAGGUCUGAUUGACGAAACGUCACCCCUGUUUGGGGGAACAUUCGUCGGUGCCAGCACCCUUCCGCACAUCAAGGAGCGGCUAGACCAAGCAGACAUCAUCGUCCGCAUUGGUCAUCUACGAUCCGAUACCAAUACAGGAGGUUUCUCCGCCGACAUCGGGCCAGAGAGGCUGCUGGACAUCAAUCUUGAUUGCGUCACUUUUCCCGCAGAGAAUGUGCAUGUCGCCCAGACGCGCGCGGCUCACAAUUUGGAUUUAGCAAGCAUCAUUGCGGACCUUACAAGUCAAGCCGAGCUGCUUCGCAAAACAUCGAGUGCCUUGGGAGGAGGCAAGCCAUCGCGCCUCAUUUCUGACUCUGAGGAUGCCACCGUCUCCUCCAAGCUCGCUCUGUCUCGUCCCCCUCUCGAUGGUCUGAAGCUGCCCCUGGAGCGCACCCCGCUUACGCACAACUACAUGUGGCCUCGUUUUGGCGAGUUUUUUGAACAGGACGACAUUGUCGUCGUGGAUACUGGAACAGCAUCUUUCGGCAUCACAGACGUCCGACUAUCAAAGAACUGUAACUUGGUAUCGCAGAUGCUCUACAAUUCCAUCGGCUGGUCCACCGGCGCGGCUGUCGGUGCAGCAGUCGCAGCGAGGGAAGACUACAAUGCACGCGUCAGCCAGGCCCAGGCGCAGCAGGAUCAAGAGGCAGCUUCGGGCAUCAAGGAACCGCGUGUGGUGCUCAUCGUAGGCGAUGGAGCUCUGCAAAUGACGGCGCAAGAAAUCUCCACCUUUAUCCGCCUGGAUCUCAAGCCGCUCAUCUUUGUGCUCAAUAAUUCCGGCUACACCAUUGAGCGUGCGCUGCACGGUCCGCAUCGCGAUUACAACGGCAUCGUCGACUGGAGAUAUGCCGAUUUGGUUCGCACGUUUGGCGCGCACGAAGACAGGCACCGCUCGCACAUUGUAGAGACCGUCGCUGACUUUGACGACGUUCUACAACGCUUGGCGAGCGACAAAGGCCAAAACACUCCGAACGUCUUGUCUAUCGUCGAUGUGCGCUUGGACAAACUCGACGCGCCUAGGAUUCUCGCAGCACUGGGCAGCAUCUCUCAGGCGCGCAACGCGUGAGUGAUGAAAGCUGGUGGACCGUCCCGCCGUGUCCUUUUUGGCUUCUUUUUCCCGAGUCGCACGCCGCUUACCCUCUUGUUUCUUUCUGAUGCUUCUUCGCCAUGCCUACAGCUACGGCUACGCGCCCGAAUACAACCACUAG